AUGUCCAACUGGGGUCCAAAGGGUCUCAGCCUCACGCUGGCACUCGGCGCCAGCGUGCUGCUCGUCGCCACCACCCUCUCCGUGCCCGUCACGAACCGCAUCACGGUAUUCACCGUCACGGACGACACGGUACAGGCCGAGUUUGGCCUGUGGGGUGCAUAUUACCGGAACCUGCGUUCUGGCAGUUACGAAACCACGUCGCCAGCGCUGGGGUAUACCCUCCACACGCAGUGGCUGUCCCUCCUCUCCAACGACGACGCGCGCUCGGUCAACGCGGCGGUGCAGACUCUCUCACGGGGCGUCGUCCUCGCCCCGCUGUCUGCGGCGCUGGGGACCAUCACGGCCGUCAUGGGCGUGCUGGCCAUGGGCCUCGCGUCGCCAGUGCUGGGAAUGGUCGCGUUCGUCCGCCUGGUGCUUGCGGGACUGCUGGGAUGCGUGGCGUUCCUCCUCAUCCUCACUCUUGGCCUCUUCGUCCGCAGCCGCUUGCUACCGGCGAGCAACGGCGCAUACGCCGUCCACCUCGGGAACGGGGCCUCGCUCUCCCUCGGCGCGAGCAUCCUGUGGAUGCUCGCCAUCGCGCUCACCCUCUUCUCCAACUGCGCCGGAGCGGCCGGCGCCGCAUCAAAGUCGUCCGACGACUCAAGCAGCGUCUUUCAAAAGGCGAGCGAGUGUACCGCGGCCACGCCGUUCACCGACUUGCCCGUCCGCCAGCCCCGCAGGGCAAAGUACGCCAGCUCGUACUAG